AUGAUUGAAAUAAAAGCAAAAUUGGUGCGUGCAGACUCGGCAAUAUAUGCGACGGGCGAAUGCGUUGAGUGCUUAAUUGAAUUCACGCAUAAAGUGUUUGCAGAGGAGCAUUUGAAGCCCACUGAUCGAAAUGCCAACAAUGCAAACCUGGAGAAUCUGGCCUGGGCCUCGGUGCAGCUGCAUUGUUAUCGGAAGACCAACUUUAGCACGCCUUCGACCGACAAAACGACGGAGCUGACAGAACUCAUUGGACGCACAGCUCUCGAUGCGGUGACCCAAGCACCUGGCGAGGUGAUUGUGACCACCAAACCGAAGAUUCUAUUUUGCGAUCUAAAGCUGAAGCCCGGAGAGACCAAAAUGUAUUUCUUCAAUGAGAUGGUGCCUCGGGAUGGACCGCCAACGUAUCGGGGUCAUGACAUUCGAUACUUUUACAAAAUCACCAUUGCGACACAGCGGGUCAAGUCAAAGGUGCAGAUGCUGACUGUGCCCAUUCGAGUGCUGCCCAUUCCAAUGAUAGCACGGCCGGAUGAGUUGCCCGUCACGGUGGAAACCAACGAGGAGCUGGCGCCAACAAAUCCGUUUCUGGAGAAGCGGGAAAUCAGCGAACUGGAAAUAUCCUGGCAUCAUCUAAAGAAUGUAACCGCACGGCGUGCUCCAAAGUUCUAUAGAAUUUCGAAUAAGCGGGGAUUCGUGGCACGUUUCUGUCUCUUUAAGCCCGCCUAUAAGCUGGGCGAAGACAUUGUGGGCAGCUUGGACUUUGGCAACUGUCAAGUGCGUUGCGUUCAAUUCUCCGUGAAGUUGCAACAACAGGAGCUUCCCAUACGUCCCCAGCCUGAGCAGACCCAAGUCCCAGCCGGCGAUGAUGUCUCCUCGCUCAACUCCUUUGAUAUGGCAAGCAUUGCUAGUGGAAUUGCUGUGGACAAUAUGCAUAAAUCGGAAACAUCUGGCAGUGCACGCAACAAGGAUGAACCCGCACCGACCGGCAAGCUGAGCACCAUUUCAACCUCACAUCAGGUCUGUUAUGCCACCUUGCAGACGCAGGUUGUUGUGCCCAUUCCGUUGCAUGUGACGCCCACAUUCCGGACGGAUCUUGUGGAUGUCAAGUGGCGUUUGCAUUUCGAGUUUGUCACCAGCAUCAUGAUGGAUUUUGGGACUCCGAAUCCUGUUUCCGGGGAAUUGAAAGCACCCGCCGAACUGCCUGUGGAGACAAUGGUGUGGAACUUGCCGGUGACCAUCUAUGCGGCCAAUCCAUUGCAGAUUUAUGCGCCAAAUCAAACGUAUAAUCUCUUGAUUAAGUAA